GAGUGAAAAGGGUUAACCUCAGUCCUGACUCCCCUUGUUAGGGUCCUGGAAUCAUAGAUUCAGUCUAAUGUUAUACAAGUGUAUAUGAGAUUUAGUUCAAUGACUAAUUGAAACAGCAAUAACUGCCCAAAUUCUUAAUACCAUGAUAUGCUACUGACAAAUACCACAGAAUAGGAAAAUCAGGCAAUGCUAAUUCAAUUAGAAAGAGCAAAAAUGCAUUGUAAAAGAGGGGAAAAUUUAAAAGAAACAUACUGUCUUUUCUAUCAAAGAGUUAAAUAAGACAAAACUUCAUUGAAAAAUUGUUUUGAAGAUGUUUGGCAGGAAUUAAAAUCCCUCCAGGGCCAGCACUUCCUGAAAUCAAAAUAUGUGCUUAAGGUUGCCCUUGGUGUUGAAAAUUGCAUUCUGCUUACCCUGUAUUGCUUUAAAUCAGUCAAUCAUGUUAGAAUGUGAGGCCGAGCUCUGACCAUUCAGAAUGAAGCACAGGAUCCUUUUACUUUAGUGAUAAAAACCCAGAGGGACUCCUGCUGGGUCUCCUUGCCUGUUUGAUUUGGCAUGGCUGCACAGCCUUCUGCAGAAGGAAAACUUUUGCCUUGUCCAAACACUUUGGAUUGUAUGGGUCAUUCUCUUGGGACCCAGACCCAUUUUUUUAUUCCUGGAAUGAAUAGUCCAGUCUCCCAUCCCGGCCCCUUUUCAGCCAGUGAGCAGAGUCUAGGUCCUGGGCUGGAAGGCCCCAUAAUGACCAUUGAGUCUGUGGCUAUAGGAAUGGCAGCUGCAGUUUUCCCCAACCCCCACCUGCAGCAGAUCAGCCAGGAAAGGGGCAUGGAUUUUGGUAGAGGAGGCUCCCACAGUGACGAUUGGCUUUGGGUGCUCUGGGGGUGGGAUCGUGGAGGGCUGUGGAGGGCCUGGCUGGGGCAAUGAGGAUCUGCAGCUAUGGCCUGUGUUGGGCAGACUCCCAGGCUUGGGAAAGCUCCAUUACCCUUUCUAUGCAGGAAGGUGGAAGGCCUGGGCCAUGUCCUGACUUAGGUUCCUGGACAGGAGGCUUCCCUGAUCCUCCCUAGUCUGGAACUCUAUUGUAGUGCAAUUACCACUUGGUAAUUUGUUUCCACAUCCCACUGCCCAGAUAAUUCAGUGUUUUACAAACAAUCGGAAGCAGAAAUUUUUGAGAAAGAAGAACUAUGAAGAGGCCACUGAGAGGGCAUCAGAUCCAGGUAGCCCAUCCCCCAGCAUCCGGACCUCACAAGUGGUUAUAAGUCAGCACUCGGAACACCCCUCUCCAUACCUCCUUCCUGGAAACAAGAGCUUCCCCUAAGCACAAAACAUGGUGAAGGAGGAGCCCAGCUCAGCUCCUGUGAUGUCCACGGUGGUUCAUAUCCAUAACGAAGCUGUCCUGCCCGACUAUAUCACCUGGUCCACGUUUAACACAGUGUUCAUGAACUUCUGCUGCCUGGGUUUCAUUGCCUAUGCCUACUCUGUGAAGUCUAGGGACAGGAAGAUGGUGGGCGAUGUGAUGGGAGCCCAGACAUUUGCUUCCACCUCCAAGACCCUGAACCUUGGAGCCACCAUCCUCUCCAUGAUUGCCUUCAUCAUAAUCAUCGUUCUACGGAUCUUGGAACUCAUUUAGACACUGUGGGUGGGACUCCAUGGAAAUGUGUGUUCUUAGAAUGCACAGUCAAUGGGGUCAAUUCUCAGCGAAGGCGCACACAGUUUUCUGAGGAAAGCCUGCAUAUGUUCCACCCUUCACAGCUACCCCUCAUCCUGGGCUGAUGGCCUGACCCAUUAUCCCAUGCCUCAUGUAAAUGUUACCCUCACACAUCUAUUCACAGUGGAUUCAAUAAAUUGUGUGUGGUGGCAGUUGUGCUGUGACUGUGUCCCCUUGACUGAUCCUGUACUGAGCUCAUUCAGAGUUCCUCUGGGCAUUCUCCUAAGAGAUGGGGUGUAGGGAGUCCUCAGCUAGACAGGUUUAUGGCCUCUUGCUACAGACAGCAACUGACUAGCCCCCUGGACGGGGCUCUUCUUUAUUUAGCAGGUACAAGCAGGUGGUGGCUGAGCAUGGUCCACCCUUGGCUCCAUGUCUCCAGGGCAUCCAGGAAGAGUUCAGAACCAUGGCCCAGGGAGUCCUGGGAUAGCGGAUCAGACCAAGGGCCCUGCCUUUCAGGGGAAGAAACCUAGACCCAGAAGGCUGCGUCCUGGGUUCUGUGGUGGCCUCCGGCUUGGCCUCUGAAUGCUGCGGGUGAGAGCCGGGCGACCCCAACCGCCUGCUUCCCGCAGGAGUUUUUUCAGGUCUGGGGUUGGGCCGCACCACUUUCCUUGUGGCCUGGGCAGCCGGCGGUGAGCACCGAAGUCUUUGCCACCUGGCGCCACCUCCUGGUGGCGGAGGCCCCGUGACCAGAGCGGGUCCUUGGAUCCCGACGUAGGAAACACGGUUUUGAAGGGCCUUGGCGCCCUCCACCUUCAGUCUGUACUGAAUACUCGUACAGGCCUCCUCUUCCAGAACGGCCUUAAUGCCCGCGUUUCCACCUUACUUGGUGCACCCCAAGUUUGCAAGUCUUCUGGAAUCCCCGGGGUGGUCCUGUCUCCCCGUGUUAGUACAUAGGUUCCAGUCCUGUUUUCUGGGAGGAAGUAUGUGAAGUCCAGGAUCCCAUCUUGUUUGAGCAGGCAGCAUGCCAACCGCCCUCUUCGCCAAGUUUCAGGCAGGUCCAGUAUCACUCUCUUCACUGCCCUGGGACCCGGGCAUGUCUUAGACAGGGGCCUCUAAAGGCAGUGAAGACAGAGGAUCCCAGUGGGAGAGCUGUUACCAUACUGAAGAACACUGGCCCAGCCAGACUGAGUCUCAGGGAGAAAUGGAGGACCAGACCAGGAGCAAGGGUUUUGGAGCAGGAUCCAGUGAGGCAGUCUAGAAUUCAUGGUCUUCAGAGUGCUCAGCCUCAGACCCAGGUCCAUGACCUAAUGAAGGUAGAGGCUUCAGGACAAGGGACAGAGUUGCCCUAUGGCCAGGGAUGUGCCUCACUCCAGUCCUUCCCAAUGGUGCAUGUGAACAUUGCUUGGUAAAUUCUUCUGGGAACACAGGAACCUCCCAUGUCGGCACUGCUGGGCACAGAAACUUCAAAAAUGUCAGGUACUGCUGGGCACAGGAACCAGGCCAUGAUCUCCAGACACACCAUCCUGACUUCUUGUCCGCAGGGGAACAUAUGAAAUCAGGUAUCAUCAGUAGGGUUUACCACAGCCCAUGAGUGAACCCACAGUGGGGCUGCUCAGCCAUGGAGACUCCCAGUGUUCACUUUCUACUCCCUAAAUGUGUAACUGGGCUUGAAACAAUGGAAGCUGGUAUAACUCCCCAUUGUGUUGGUGGCCUGUAGGGCAGGGCCAUCAGUAGAGUCCAGGGCUGGAUGGGAACUCUUUGAGGUGCUCCCCACUCUCUACCCAAAGUCAGAGAGUAAACAAAGCAGUGUCUCUCUCCUGAGAAGAGAGCAGAGCAGCCAACCCCCGCCCCCCCCCCCCGAGUCUGCUGGGUGCCAUGCACUGGCCCCACCCAUUUCCUUCACCUGUGUGGUACCACAGGACUGAUGGGCUCUGGCUCCUUGUUGAGACCCACCAUUGUAAGUCAGGUAGGAGAUCAGUGCCAAUAGAGGGUGCUGUGGGUCUGAGAAGCGUGGACACUAAACCAGAGGAUACGGCCUUUUGAUUCCAUCUCUACUGAUGGACAGUGGGCCAAAACUGCUCACUAUGAGCAGAGGCAGGCUACCUGGCAGAUCAGAGUGUCUAGCA